UUUGCAGUAACACCAUAUUUGGUGUUGUUUCACAAAAACACCAAAAAUGAGUUUGGUGUAUAGUUGGAGAAGAUUUCUACACCAAAACUCAUUUAUGGAGUACGGGUCUUAUUUUAGCAAAUCAAUUCACAAUUCCAAAUCCAAUCCCAUGGCAAAAUUCUCCGAUUCAGACAUCACUCUCCGGCCACUAGACAUCUCCGACGCCGACGCGGCCGUGGAAUGGUACAUGGACGAGAAGGUGAGCAAAUUCUGCUCGUGGGAGGUGUUCCCGUCGCGAGAAUCAGCGGUGGAUUACUUCGUGGAGCAGGAUCUGACGCACCCGUGGAACAGGGCAAUAUGCGCGGCGGGGAGGGUGGUGGGGUCCAUAACCGUGAGUUCUUUCAGUGGGUGCCGGGGGGAGCUGGGGUACGCAUUGGCGUCGGAGUACUGGGGCAGGGGGAUCGCCACGAGGGCGGUGGCCCUCGCAGCGACCUGCGCCUUCCUCGAGAUGCCCCAUCUGGAGCGGCUCGAGGCGGUGGUGGACGUGGACAACCCGGCCUCGCAGCGAGUGGUGGAGAAGGCCGGGUUUGUGAGGGAGGGUGUUUUGAGGAAGUAUUUCUUGUUGAAGGGAAGGCCGAGGGAUGCAGUCAUUUUUAGUCUCUUGUCAACCGAUCCUAAUGUUAAUUAUUUCGUUGAUGAAUGACGAUCGAUUCAUCAAUCUUUAAUUGACUCUGCUUUAUUAAUAAAUCAUUCCUUUUUAUUU